UUCCCUUCCUCUCUCUCUCUCUCUCUCUCUCUCUCUGUGGACCUCUCUUUCUUUUAACCCCUUUCUCUAUUAUGCAUUCAAUCAUCAUUGUUUCUGCUUUCUGAUUUGAUAAUUUCUCAGAUCUGGUUAACAUGGGUAGUUGUUUGAGCAAGAAGAAAGGUUCUGAUUCAUCUCCUUCUGGUGCUGCUGCUUCUGCGUUAGUGGCACCACAAGAUGGUAAAGGCUCCGUUAGUGAGACCUUGGAGAAGGAGAAGGUGGUGGUGGUGGAGACAGAAACAGUGGCGGUUGAGGAGAGUGUGAAGAAGGAGAUAUUUGUGAUAAAGCAUAGGAAGAGCCAUGAUGUUGAUAAGAGGGUUGAGCAGAAAGGAGGAGAUGGGGUUGGUUGUGUGAGUGCGACCAGUUCUGGAUCUGAAGCCGCGGAAAUGGAGAACAACAAUGGCGGCCACAAUGGUGUGGUGAUGAGUGCGGCGCCUCUGAGGACUUCAAGUUGCACUAAAGAGGAGGUUGAUGCGAUUCUCAUUCAGUGUGGGAGGCUCAGCCGGAGCUCUUCCGGGAAGGCGGGGCCAGGUGUCAGUACUCCAAGCAAAAAGUACUCUGGUUCGAAGCGGAGUUACGAUUUCGAUCAAAAUGACUGUGAUUUUGCGGUUGAUGGUGAUAGGAAGAAAGGGAGUGGCAUUGGGGAUAAUAUCGAUUGUUGUGAUGAUGAUGAGACAUCGGAGAAGCGCCACCACCGCCAGCGCCACCGCCAGUCGAGGGCUUCUCCCCAGGGAAGGAGGAGAACACCGAGCAGGGAAAGAGAUCCGAAUAGGCAACAUCAGCAGCAGCGGUCAGGGAGCAGAGACAGAGGCAGCAGCAGUGGCGGUGGUAGUGGGAGGAGGGUGAGUAGAUCGCCUGGGAGGAGAUCAGACAACCCUCCAACUACCAGUGCUGAGGCUGCAGAAAAGGCCUCAUCUCAUGCUAAUGCCGGGUGUAGCAAUGCUACUAGGCCUGGGAAGAUGGUAUCAGUCCCUGCCACAGUCAUAGACAAGGGCAACAAUGGCAGUAGUGGGGUUGAAUCGGGUAACAAUGGUGCUGUCAGAAGGGUUUUGGUCAAGAGAAAUAGCGGCGAGGUCGCCGCAUCUGGUUCCAAAACUCCUCGCUCUCGGUCCCCUGCAAAUGCUAGGGUGGUUUCUAACGAUAAUCAGAACCAACACCCAUCUCUUAGCCGCAACUCUUCAAGGAAAGCAGAGCAAUCCCCUUACAGAAGAAACCCCUUGAGUGAGAUUGAUCCAAACAUCAACAACAGAGGGUUGAAAGCUAGAGAAAUUGAGCCAGAUUGCCAACAGAAGCCCAAUAUGAAGGAUAUGAACAAUGGGAAAGUUGUUGUUCAUGGGACUAACAACAGGAGCAGCAGCAGAGGUAAAGUUUUUCAGGUUGUUGAAGAGGCCGGUGAGCCAAAGGGGCUCCAACCAAGGACCAACAGUAUUGAAACAACAAUUGUAGUAGCCUCUGGAGCCGAGAGCCUGAAACCCCAGGCACUGACAAGAACCAGGUCCUCUCGGCGGUCCCGGGAUCUAGACCUCAAUCCUGAAACCCUUUUGAACCCUACCCCAUCAUAUACUACGUUAUUGCUUGAAGACAUCCAAAACUUCCACCAGAAGAACACCACCACCCCUUCCAUUUCUCUCCCAGCUUGUGUCUCCAAAGCCCAUUCCAUCCUUGAGGCAGUAGCUGACCUCAACUCAUGCACCAGCUCCAACCCAUCUUAUGCUUUCUCUGAUGACAGAAGGAACUUCACUGAAACCCAUCAGAACAGCAUGGACGACAAGAACACUGCAGGGAAGAAGAGAUUGGAGGCCAAAGACCCUUUUGUCGUCGAAUCUGAGAUAGUAGUGUGCAAUGAUCUAAUGGAGCCAAGCCUCCACAAGUAUGUAACAGUGAAGAGGGGAACCAUAGGUGGUGGAGGAGAAAUGGAGGAGCAGGAGUCCUCAGGCAGCAACAGCUUUGUGGGGGUGUCUCAGCUACACUCAUGGGAGCCCAAUUCAGCAGAUUCAACAGAUUGCUGGACUUCAAGGUCCAACACAAGGGAGGAGUAUCCAAGUCCAGUGUGCUUUCAGAGGCAUGCCUUGUCUGAACCAGGCCGAGAAUCAGAGGAGACGCAGAAGAGAAUGGGCAGGAGAAAGAGAGAAAUUGAUCACCAGCAGAAUGGAAUUGGGCGUGGAAGGCUCGGUACUAGCAGCAGAGGAGGCGGCCUUCACACAGUUCCUAGUAUUGCUUCAACAUGAUUAUUGUUUACUCAUUUCAGCAGGCUUGAAUUGAAAACAGAAUGAUGUGUGUGUGAUGUUGCAUACUUGCAACCUUUUCUCUAGUUUUAUUUGGAGAUUUUCAUUCAAUCAAUGAUUAUCAUUAUCAUCAUCUUCUCAGAGAAGAUUUUAGCCUA